AUAAAAUACCAAUUUAGUUUUGUUUUUUGCAAGAAACAAGAAAUCAUUGUUGCUAUAUAAGCACUUCAUUUCGAACUAUAAAAACUCACCAAAACACGCUACACACCUCAAAUGUCUAAAGCCAUCCUCUCCCUGAUCAAACCCCUACACCGACCCCAACCCAAAACCAGCAGAAAAUUUCUCAUCACGCCCCACAUCAUAGAGUUGACAAAUGAAGUCUGUGAAAUCCUCAGAACCCAAGGGCAACAGUGGGAAGAAACCCUCCAGAAUCGAUUCUUUGAGGAGGACAUUGCGCCUUCCGAAGUUGCCCACCUAGUGUUCGACAAAGUUCGCGAUUGUGAACUGGGUCUCAAAUUCUUUGGUUUUGUUUCUCAGAAUAGAUUUUCCCUUGAUGGGUUCGCGUAUUCUUCGCUUCUAAAGCUCUUGGCCCGGUCUAAAGUGUUUGGAGAAAUAGACAACGUGUUGCUGGAGUGCUUGCAAUCCGAAGAGAAACUGCCUACUCGAGAGGCUUUAGGUUUUGUAAUCCGUGCCUAUUCUGAAUCAGGGUUGGUCUUAAAGGCUCUUGAGUUGUAUUCCUUUGUUCUGAAAACUUAUAACGCGUUGCCCCAAUUAUUGGCCUGUAAUUCUUUGCUCAAUGGGCUUGUAAAGGAUGGAAAUAUGGAAGCUGCAUGGUUUGUAUAUGAUGAGAUGGUGAGGAGAGAUGAUGGUGGUGAGAGUAGUUGUUUGGACAAUUAUAGCGUUUGUAUAAUGGUAAAGGGGUUGUGUAAAGAAGGAAAAGUCGAGAAAGGUAAAAGGUUGAUUAAGAAAAGGUGGGGGAAGAAUUGCAUUCCGAAUAUUGUGUUCUAUAAUAGCCUCAUUGAUGGAUAUUGCAAGAGAGGUGAUGUCAAGAGAGCUCAUGAGCUUCUCGAGGACUUGAAAGAGAAGGGCUUCUUGCCUACCCAGGAGACUUAUGGGGCAAUCGUUAAUGGGUUCUGCAAAAGAGGGGAGUUUGAGAAGGUUGAUCAAAUCUUGAAGGAAAUGGAUUCAAGGGGUAUGGAAGUAAAUGCUCAAGUGUAUAACUGUGUCGUAGAUGCUAAAUAUAAGUAUGGUUUUGUUGGGGAAGCAUUAGAGACCACAAGACACAUGAUUGAGGUUGGGUGCAAGUUGGAUAUUGUGACAUAUAAUACUUUGAUUUCUAAUGCAUGUAGAGAUGGGAAGGUGCAAGAAGCGGAGAGGCUACUAGAAAAGGCACUGAACAGCAGAUUGGUCCUCAAUAAGCUAAGCUUUACUCCUCUUAUACACGCGUAUAGCAGGGAGGGCGAUUUUGAGCGAGCCUCAAUUCUGCUUGUUCAGAUGACAGAGUGUGGGCUUAAACCCGAUUUGAUAACCUAUGGAGGUCUUAUACAUGGCCUAGUUGUUGCUGGAGAGGUUGAUGCUGCAUUAACAAUUCGAAAAAAGAUGAUGGAAAGGGGAGUGUCUCCUGAUGCAUGCAUUUACAAUGUUUUGAUGAAUGGACUUUGCAAAAAGGGUAGGUUUCCUGAUGCGAAGCAGCUUAUGUUAGAGAUGCUUGGCCAGAAUGUAUCACCCGAUGCUUAUGUUUAUGCCACUUUGGUUGACGGAUAUAUCAGGAGUGGGAAUUUUAACGAUGCAAAGAAACUUUUUGAUAACAUAAUCAGUAGGGGUAUGGACCCUGGGCUCGUUGGGUACAAUGCCAUGAUUAAGGGCUACUGUAAAUUUGGGAUGAUGAAAGAUGCAGUCUUUUGCAUUAGCAAGAUGACAAAAAGAAAUGUUUACCCGGAUGAAUUUACUUAUUCUACUAUUAUUGAUGGCUACAUAAAGGAAAAUGAUUUAUAUGGGGCAUUAACUUUAUUUUGCCAUGUAAUUAAGCGGAACUAUGCACCGAAUAUUGUGACUUAUACCUCUCUCAUCAGUGGGUUUUGUCGCUGUGGAGAUAUUGCAGGAGCAGAAAAAAUUUUGAAGGGACUGCGAUUAAAUGGCGUGGCACCUAAUGUUGUGACUUAUACUGUACUAAUAGGUAACUGUUGCAAAGAGGGAAGACUUGCAAAAGCAUCCUCAUUUUUUGAAGAAAUGCUGAUGAGCAAGUGUAAUCCCAAUGAUGUUACAUUUCAUUAUUUAGUUAAUGGAUUAUCAAACAAUGCCCCUUGUGCCGUUUCUAGGACAGACAAUGAAUCUGGUUUAGAUAAGCCUAUGCUUCUUGAUAUCUUUGGGAGGAUGAUAUCUGAUGGCUGGCGUCCUAUAUCUGCUGCAUAUAUAAUUCCCUCCAAGUUAAUUGAGCCAAAGCUUAAUGUUGCUUUAAAGUACUUGUCCAUAUUUGGGCGCUACUCAACUCAUGAAGUUACUACAGAGACUUCACUGAUUUUGCAUACCUUGCUCGAAGAAUGCAAAUCUAAUGAGUGAGAAAAUAUUCAUUUCAAGGUGUCAACAAGCACAUGAAAGGAGAAAACCUCAAAGCCUCAGUAACUGGUAUUGCACGACAGCUGGUAUAUAUUUUUAGUGAAGGGUGUCAUGGCAUAGGACAAAAUUGGCAGGCUGUUACGAGAGUCCCCUUAUGCUUCUGGUUGUUUGUCCAAGAGGUUACUGGAUCUCAAGGCGACUGGUUUUAGUUCCAGAAGAAAACACAUGCAAAACUAGGGUAUAAGACAUCUCCAACAUAUUCAAUCAAA